GAGACUCCUCAUACUUCAGGUGGGCGAUAAGGAGUUUUGAUAGACGCGUGCACUCGAAGUUACCCCGAGGAACAUUUCCCCGACUCUCCGAAAGAAAACCAAUAGAAAGGCGUUUUCUCGACGUAAUGAAUCGAGCCCCCCUCCCCUCCAGGUCUCCGACAUAACGGACCCAAACGCGAGUUGUAGGCGUUCGACAUUCAGCCGUUGACCACAUUUCCCGCGCUUGCGAUUUUGGCGCUCUCGCUACGAACGAAUCGCGGGUUUCAGCACCUGGACAGCUCCUCGCGGAAUAACCUACAUUAAAUGCUGUAGAGAUGGAGUCCCUGGCGUAAUUUGAAGGGGGAAGCCCUAUGCAAGCAGAGCAGGUGCGGUGUGUAUACAUAAUGCACCCCUUCAGUCUCAAAUACGAUCCAUUUCUCUGGGUGAUCGGAUAGUGACGGACUCCUAACAUAAUCUCGCUGAGCGAUGAUGCUCGUGUUACGGCGCGUUCUUGCUCGCCGUCCCCUUUAUUCGCGAAAGAAGCCGCAGAACGGAUGCUUGGCCACUUGGUUUGGAGCCUCCACGUAUCAAGACCCUUUUGAGACAUUAUCAGAACCACGAUUAAAGUUUCAACGAUGUAAAUCGAUAACGGUUUGGUAUGAGUGAAGUCGGCUCUGUCUAGCACAAACCAGAGCUCACAUUUGAGAGAAGUAAAAGAGAAGGUUUUCUGCUUUUGCUGCAUAUCACACCAUGAGCCAGCCACAGCCCUCUCAGCAGGCCGCAGCACCGGAUCUGGAGGUGAUCUCACAGCAGGUGGAUGAUGAGGGCCAGUGCAUGGCUCCAGUGCAGCUGGUCAGCUUCGCCUACAGGGACCUUCCUCUGGCUGCGCUGGAUCUCUCGCUGGCCGGAUCCCAGCUACUUUCCAAUCUGGAUGAAGAGGACAACCAAGAGGGGUCUAACUGGCUGAAGCCGUGCUGUGGGCGGAGGGCAGCGCUGUGGCAGGUGUGUUUGUUGAGUGCUGGCUUCAACUGUUUCCUGGUGGCCUGUGUCAUUCUGGUGGUGCUCUUACUGACUCUGGAACUGCUCAUCGAUACCAAACUCCUACAAUUUAAUAAUGCAUUCCAGUUCGCCUGUAUCAUCCACUGGAUCAGCCUGGUCAUCCUGUCUGUGUUCUUCACUGAGACUGUCUUUAGGAUUGUGGUGCUUGGGAUCUGGGAUUAUAUAGAGAACAAAGUUGAGGUGUUUGACGGUGCUGUGAUUGUACUCUCUCUGGCCCCAAUGGUGGCCUCCACAGUGGCGAACGGCCCCAGCAGCCCCUGGGACGCCAUCAGCCUCAUUAUCACCCUUCGUAUCUGGAGAGUCAAGAGAAUCAUUGAUGCGUAUGUGCUGCAAGUGAAGGUGGAGAUGGAGCUGGAAGUCCAGCAGUAUGAGAAGACCAAAGCUGUAAGGGAAGAACAGCUGGAGAGACUCACACAAAUCUGUCAGGAACAAGCUUUUGAGAUCAGGCAGUUGAGGGCACACCUGGCGCAGCAGGAUCUGGAUUUGGCUGCUGAGCGGGAAGCUGCCAUGCAGAUCCACCACGUGUGGGGGAAACAGAGCAGCAGCUUUCAGGAAAUAGACGGUCUGGGUCGCUCUGGAUCUGACAACGAGUGCCGGGCCAAUACCAGAGAGCCCAGACCACCUCCAGAGAGUGUCAUUCAGGAUGAUAUGAAUAACUACAUCAGCCAGUAUUACAGUGAGCCAAGUAGCGACACCGGAGUGCCCGACCCUGGUGCACGCGUUAUCACCACAACAGCCAUCGAUAUCCACCUUCCCACCAAUCCUAACCAGCUUCCCCCUUCGCUUGUCAGUGCUGAUGGCCUUGGCAGUGGCCAAGAACGCACGGGCAGCUCUGUAAGCGAAGCGUCCAGCACGACCAUGUCCCGGUCCAGCUGUAGCUUCACAGCACGGCAGCAUAGCGUCAGCAGCCAUACGCUGGGCUCCACCACUGACUGCAGCUCCACUGUACGUGAAGCCUCCACCUCUGAUUACAGCGGCCAACGUUACUGCCCUCCUCCAUACUCCAGCCCUCUGGCCCUGGGGACACAAUCUGGCAUCCACGACCCCAGCGCAGUGGUCAAAGAGCUGCUGUCUUCCCUGUCUGAGGACUCCUGCCUCAUCCAAAAAGGCAGGGUGGACCCGGUAAACCUCAAGUUGCCCAGUCCAGCGGGGUCUGUGAAGGCCAGCCCGGAACUACAGCACAGGGUGAACAUUUACAACAAGAGGAACCAAGAGCGUCUGGGCGUCUUCCAGACCAAGCCACUAAUUCACCUGCAGGGGACCGAGCCAUCGCUGGAGGAGAAGUACAGGUUAAUGGAGCUGGCCGAUACGCCACUGAGCCAUAUACCAGACACAUAGAGCAUAGAGUGUAGGACAGUGACCACCAACAUCAGCUGAAGCAGACUUUCUCUUGGCCUCUUUUUCUCUGUAAAUCACCUACACAUUGGCUGUGUCCAAAACCUGAAAUUUGGUGCCUACUUAAGGCUAAAGUAUACUUUGGUUUUCCGUGUGAUGUAAAUUUAGUUAUCAGCACUGUCCGCGUGCAGCCCAGUUUUUGCAGCCUGCAGGGCUAUUGGCCCAGUGGUGGGAAUGCAGAUCAGUUUUGGUUUCAUGUAUCGAGGUCCGAGGCUAUUGGCCCCGGCUGACUAGUUGAUAGCCCUGGCUCGAACUGGCCUGAUAGUGGAAACUCGGCUAAUCACCAACAGUGUAACUAACCUCGGACCAUCGCUUCAUGUCCUCUACCCGCUCAGGUGAGACACUCUCAAAAGACGGUCAUCGCGACUCUGUAAAUUAUCGGCAGUAUGGAUCCAUGUUUUUUUUAUUUCUAAAUUUGAAUAUGCUAAACAUCACUUUAUCUGUUAAAAACAUACACCAAUGCGAGUGAAAACACUGGAGACCAGAAAAUGAAAACAGGCCUCUGUUAUGAAUCGUGGAACACUUCUGCUUUCACAAAAAAGGUGGAUACUUUAGUCUUUAUGGAGUAUACAGAGGUAGAAAGGCAUCAAGGCACAGUCCAAUGUUUAACAUUCUGUGUAAAGUUAUAUUCAAAUUUACAACUUCAUGCCAUGACGAUGUAUCACCAUAAACUCUAAAACGACCGUAAAAUAUCCCUCAACACCCCAAACUUUCCCAUUUGGACAGCGCCGUAUUUAAGCGAUCAAGAGUCCUGUAUUUGUGUGGUGAAGAGUUGGCAACCCUAGAAGUAUGCGAAGGAGUUUCCAUGUAUUCUGGUCACUUGUUGACUAUUUUUCUUUUACUAUCCAAUCCAACUCGUCCAUUGAUUAAAAAAAAACAAAAUAAACAUUCAAAUUAAAUUCAUAUGUAGGCACAAAUUAUUUUCCUACACUAAUUUCAAGCCUUUAGAUCAAAAGGUUUUUAUGAUCAUGAGAAACAUAUUUAGUGAAGUGUGUCCAAAUGUUCGACCAGUAGUUCUAUUCCUACCAAGAAAUAAGCAUAGUAGGCAUUAAAUAUUUGCUUGGUUAUCUCUAAAGUUUACUCAAAAUGUGUUCUAGAUCAAAAGACAUGAUGUUAUGGUGCCUUGGAAGCCUGUCUGAAAAGAGGUACCUGUAUACAUUAAUUCUGCCUGUUAAGUCAUUGACUAACUGGGCAGCAAGGCAGUAAGCGAGCUGCCUUCGGUUUCAGACACAGCCAUUCUGUCAGUCUUUCUCUCAUUCUGUGUCAGACAGCACUAUUGACACUUAUUCCCCAGGUUUAAUGCUCUCAGAAAGGGACACAGAAAGUGACAUGAGGAAAACAGACUUCCUCCUUCCAGAUGCACAUUUCUUUCUAUCUUUCUCUUUCUCCAACUCUGCAAGAGCACUUAACUGUCACUCCUGCCAAAAUUGCACAACCUUCCAGUAAGUCAGGGAGAGGAACUUCGAGAGCCAUCAUUGGAAGAUUCUUCAGGAAUUUCAGUGUGUCUGUUGGGCGAGCGUAUGAAACCAGCAAAGACUCUAAUACCGAGUGUGGCUGGCAGACUUUUCACGUGUUCUCAUUCAGGUGGAGCGAGAGGGAGUUUUUAUUUUUUUUUUUCUGUUUUUAUUUGUCAAUUUGUAUGAAAUGUAACUGACACCCAUUGUACAGUCCUCCCCCCCCCCCAAAUGCUGCAGGGUUACAUUUGAUUCAUGUUCAAAUGUGUCAAGCUGUGUGAUUCAGCCAAAUUUCUAACCUUUGCCUUUCUUACAUUAUGAUGCUAACGUUUGUAUUCAAAUUCUAUGCGAGAAAAAAAAAGUGCUAAACUCAAGUAUUUUUUAAAACAGAGAGAACAAAUGAUAGGUGAAACAUUUCAGAUAUAGAGUAUUAGAAUAGUUUUAUGAGAAAUUAUGUUAAAAAUGUUGUCAUAUCUCUAACUUUAACCCCCACCCCACUCGUAUAUUCCUAUAGCAUGAGCCUUUGAAAAGAUCUACCUGCUUUCUGACUGAGUUGAACUCAUUCCAUGUUAUUGAUGAGGGAUUUUAUAAACUGAUAACGGAAGAGAUUGUCACGCAAUUAAAAGUUG